CAUUGUCAGUUAACUGAAUUCAUAUAAAUACUGAAGACAUGAGAAUAAAACUUGGUUAAAAAGUAGAAGGUCAGUAGCUGUUUGUUGUGUACAGCUUUGCUUGUCAUUUGUCUAGCAUAUGCACUGAUGCUUUUACACCAUAGAAGUUCAUAACUCAUAAAAAAUAUUUUGAAGUUGAAGGAGUAACAAUGAGUCUAAUAAGAGUCUGUGGAGAAUGCCUAUGAGAUCCCGUCAAGGAAAACAUUUGGGCCAAAGUCAACUCACGAUAGUAAAUAAAACUGUAAAUGGUUUAUAUACAAUUGGAAAGUAACAUUUUGUGAGUAUCUCUUUGCUGUCUUGUAACACAAAAAAACACAUAUAUUCAGCCGAGAGAAAACAUAAAUAUAAAUUGAGAGUAUGCCUGGUCCUACCGUUAGUAAAAACUUUGUUCCUUUGAGGUAAUUCCAUCUACUUUGGUACAGUUGCAGUCAAUAAAUUGCUACAUGAGCAGUGGUAUCUCUGUGCAUCAAUGCUAUCAUGGAGUUAAUCAUGAUCUUAUGUAGAAUUCAAGGCAAGGAUAACAAUGUACAUUUCUCCUUUGGUUUAUCACAGUUUAUUCAGGCACAGUAUCAGUCCCACUCUAACUGAUACUGGGAAUACAGUCUUUGAGUUAUUUCCUAUCCAUAGACACCAAGAUCAUGCAUAUGGAUCUGAUAGAUGUGGAGUUUUUCUUGAUUCAUUUUGAGUCAAAGCUAAAAAACGAUCUAAUACAUUUUCAUAAACCAAUAUAUAUCUCAUUGAAUAAAUCACAACAUUUUUUUGUUGCUCUCAGACAGUGUGGCGGCAGUGAGAACUGCCCCCAAACACUUGUGGCAACUGUGACAGCUGCCUCCAAACAGCGUGGCAACAGAGGCAGAUGCCAAACAGUGUGAAAACAAAGGCAGUUGCUUCCAAACAGUGUGGGAUCAAAGGCAUAUGCCUUUACAUACCAGUGGCAGUUUCUGUUGACACCGGAAGUGCCUCUAGGAGCUACCGCUGCUGUGAUUUGAGCUUGCCCUUACUGGUCUUUGUAAAGUGGCCAUAGAAUGGGGAAGAAAGGAAAGAAGUGUGAAACUCCGUCCAAGGACAAGUUUGAGGCUCUUCCUAUAGAAGGCAAAACCCCAGAAACAGUGGUUCUGCUGCUGAGUUCACCAGAGGAGGACAUCCUUAUUAAAGCCUCUGAAGCAAUCUAUGUAUUUGCAGAGAAAGGAGAUGAGAACAAAGUUUCUCUGCUGGGAUUUGGUGCAUUGGAGCCUCUCUGUCGGCUCAUCGCUCACAACAACAUGCUGGUCCAACGCAACGCCAUCAUGGCCCUGGGCACCAUGGCCGUCAAUGGGGAUGUUACGGGUGCUCUUAAAAAAACGGACGUUAUUCCAUCGAUUAUCGACAGACUAUCACUUGAAGAGGAUGGAGUUGUCCAAGAGUUUGCAACCCUGUGCCUGGCCUCUAUGUCGCCGGAUUUUGUAUGUAAGGCCCAGAUCUUUGACAACAAUGGCUUACCACCUUUAAUUCAGCUUCUGUCCAGUCCAGACCCAGAUGUUCAGAAGAACUCGGUAGAGGUCAUCUUCAACCUAGUUCAGGACUACCAGUGUCGUGUGGCGGUUCAUGAGUUGGGCGGGAUCCCUCCACUUCUGGAGCUGUUGAAGUCGGACUUCCCUGUCAUUCAGCGUCUGGCUUUAGAGACGCUGAUGAAUGUCACCACUGAUAAAGAUACAUGCCACACCUUCAGUGAAGAGCACGGAUUCGAGAAGAUCAUGGAAAUCCUUAAUAACAAGGACUUCAGUGACCUUCAUGCUGAGGCCCUGCAUGUAGUAGCUAACUAUUUGAAUGACAGUAAGAGUGUGCAGCUGAUCCACGAGGGCGGAGGCCUGACCACGCUGAUGGACUUUUUUCUCACCCCCAACUCGCCGGAAAUCCAGUCCAAUGCUGUUAAAUGCAUAACCAGGCUUGCGCAGAGCUCUGAAAAUCGAAAACUGCUCCAUGAGCAGAAUGUGGAGAAGGUUCUGGUCGCCUAUCUGUCUGUGGCGGACGUCAGCGUGAAAACAGCUACCUGCAAUGCUGUGACGGCCAUGAACCUCCACCUAGCCAGUAAAGAGCGCUUCCGAGAGCUGGGUGGGAUCCCUGCACUGGUACAGGGGCUGAGAGGUGGAAGUGUGGAGCUGAUAGAGGCAGCAGCCCAUGUCCUUGCUAACCUCACGCAUAACAACCACCUCAGCACAAUUGCGGUGUACAAGGCAGGAGGCCACAAGAUCCUUGUCCAGCAGCUCCAAAGAAGCUGUCCGAAGACGGUAGCCAAUGUUGCUGCCACGCUUUGCAACAUGGCACAAAAGGAAGUCAUCCGCCACAGCAUUCUGUCACAUGGAGUCAUACAGGCUCUGGUGGAGCCCUUAAAGUCCACAGAUACACAGGUGUUGGUCAACACCACACUGUGUCUGGCAGCGCUGGCCUGUGAUGAAGAAGAUAGGGCUGAGCUACUGAGUGCAGGAGGCCUUCACCCACUGGUCAAUCUGCUGCGAUCUUAUCACAAGGAGGUGCUACAGAGUGCGUGCUUGGCAGUAAUUGUUUGUGCCAGUGAUGAGCCCACCACUGUGGAGAUGUGCAAAUUUGGAGCUGUAGAACUGCUUCAGGAAAUCAACCAGUCAGUGAAACGCAGGAGCAGUUUCAGCGAGUCGGCCAUGAUCAGCCUGCUCAAGUCCAACUUGUCUGUGAAAUACAGCCUGACAGAUCAACUAGCCUCCACUGAUGUGGUUGGCGAUGGCUUCUAUGAUGCCGGCAAGGCUCAUGCAGGACAGAGGAUUCUGACAUUAGAGGAAUUUUCUAAGCAGCCAGUCAACCAGCAACGACCCAUCAUCGUUGUCAACACAAUAAUUGAGAAGAAGCAAGAGAGUGACCAACAGGAAGACGAGACUCAACCUGUGUCUCCUGCAGAGAAACCGUGGAAGAUGGUGGAGGACGUCUCUUUGCAGGUUCUAGUUAAAGAAACCAAAGACAACAUCCUCUCGCUGGAUGAUGAACGAGAGCAGUGCGCUGCCUUGGCCAGGAUGGUGAGCGAAGCCAUGGGUGGAGCAGUGGAGAUGGAGAAGUUGCACGCUUUCCCGUGGGUGCUGCACCUCAGCGAGCUCAAGUUCCAGCUUCAGUCUAACGUUAUUCCCAUCGGGCUGAUCACCAGAGGAAUCUACCGUCACCGGGCUCUUCUCUUCAAGUGUCUGGCUGAUUGCAUCGGGAUGAGCUGCACACUGGUUAGGGGCGAGUAUAACCGGGCUUGGAAUGAGGUUCUCCUCUUCAGUGUGGAUCCUUCCAGCAACGGCCGCUUUUCACGGCCCAGCCGCUUCAUAGUGGACCUCAUGCACAGGCCUGGAAGCCUAUUGGCAGUGAAUACCCCUGCUGCUGUGCAGUACCAGUAUAUAUAGAGCAGAAAUACUAAAUCAGAACACUAUGUAAUAUAUGUGACCAGUCAUUUCAUUUGUAUUGCAUGUGAAUUGCUGGUUCACCUUUAUACCAUUAAACUAAUGGACUAAUU